CACUUCAUCUUUUUGAGUGCAAGAUCUAGGCCUACUCUCACUUUCGUGUCUUGCAUGUUGGUUACCAUGCCAACCCAUAUUCGGUUCGAGCUGCUCAAACUUGGAAGCAAACGCUAAACACUGAUACAAGUCGACGAAGCUAGCUAUUUGCAUAUAUUUUACAUUCGACAUGGCAUCUUGCUUAGUGCCUGACUUUCCAGCUGUUCUGGUUGCUUUGGAGCAUUUGGGCGAAUUAGACAAGCAGCUGAGGAAUGAGGGAGUUCCAUUCAGUCCUGAGGCCAGUCAUCACCUGAAAGAAAUAGCUGCUGCCAUCACUGAACUGGAGACUUCCAGAAGAGUAGCCCAUGAACAACUGGAGGUAGAAACGAUUGAAACAAGCAAACUCCGACAUCAAUGCCAGACUAUCCAUGAUGAUGUUCAGAAUGAGAUAUCAGCUGGUGUUGCGGCUGCAAGAAAUAUAAAUGCGGGUCAAAUUACUCAACUCCAAGAUGAACUGAACAGUAUAGUGCUUGAAAUAGAAUUAAUGGAGAAAAAACAGGAAGUCCUUGAAAAGCAAAAUGCUAUUCUUUAUCCUGAGAGAGAGUUGGUAAAAGGUGACCAUGAAAAUGUCAUCAACCAAUUAAACUACCAGCUGUCAGAGAAGGCCAAUAAACAGAUUCUGCUCAAUGAAACAAUGAACGAGAUCAAAGAAGGGAAAGCCAAGAUCACAGAUGUGGAGACCGCUAAAGUGGAGCUAGAGGAGGACAUGAUUCAAGAGAGGAAGACGUUUGAUGAAACAAAUGAGAAUCUUCAGAGAGAGUGUGAGGAAGUCAUCAAUAACAUACAGAACCAGAAGAAGAACAAUGAAAAGAAACGCAGAGAGCUGGACAUUUUUUUACCAGAACUGUUGGAUAAGGAGGACAAAGUCACAGAGCAAAAAAAACAAAUUCUCCAGUUAGAGCAAAGUAUAGCCAAACUGACAGCGUCUGAAAUCCAAUACAAAGAGCAGCUGGCAGACGAGAUCAACACAUUUGAGGAACUUGUUCUUCAGAAGGAAUUUCAUGUAAAGGAGUUGGCUGAAGUGAGAAUUGUAUUUGAACUGAAAGUUCAGGCACUACAGGAAAAGAUUGUAGAGGUGGAUGGUGAGAUGGAGGAGGGCCAGAUAGUUAAUGCCAUCCGCCUGGAGUCUAUUGCUAAGAUGUCUGACAGAUUUAAAGCUCAAAGGAAAGAGGAGGACGACGUCAUGGCUGAACACCUCAAUGUCUCAAGACGCUUAGAAAAGUCCAGACUUAGACUUGAGGAGCGCGUUGCAUCGAUCGCUAAACAUAAAAUAGAGAUCAGAGAAAUGGAUGAAGAGAUCAAACAACUCCAUGAAACCAAUAUAGUUAAUGCAGACCUGUUUGAAAGAAAUGUGGAUGAACUGCAUGGACAGCUCAAUAAAGAAAAGAAGAACAUAGCAAUCUUUGAAGUUGAAAAAGAAGAACUGUGCCAGUCUCUGGAGAAUCUAAAAAAAGAUCAAGUACAGCAUGUGAAACAGGUCAACUCUAAUAUUGGUUUAACCAGGAGGAGAUAUGAGGAACUGCUUGAAGAGGAGAAGAAACUCAGAGACCAUGUAUUCAUGGGCGCGUCGAUUGAACUUCUCAGUAACAAGAUUGUUAAGGCAGAGGAGGGGAAUGAACAGAUUACCAUUUCCUACAAUGCCGAGAUCCAACAGUUCAUCACUGAAGCGGAGUCAGUGACACAGAGACGACUGGAGAAGGAGGAGGACCUGAAGGGUAAAGAGUCUAUCUUGGAGGAAGCGGAGGCCCAGUUUGAUAUUGACCAGUCCAGGCACCAAAAACUAAAAAACCAUACCUCAGAGUUAAAGAGUAAGAACAAUCAUCUGGAGCUCUUCAUCCAGGAUAUGAAAGAGAGCACUAGUACUCUUCUCAAACCAAAGGAGGACAUGAAGAGGAGUCUAGAGGGUUUGCGUGAGAAACACAUGGAGCUGCUGACGUCUCACGCUGCAGACAUCAUCGCCACGGAGAAGAGCAUCUAUGACAAAGGGAUGAUGCUGGAGCAGGUCAAUAUGGAGAACAGCAGACUGCAUGUGUGUAUUGAACAAAUGAAGGAGGACAUAUGGAACACCAGGAAAGACCAGGAAAGACACACAAAGGAGAUUGGGUGGCUGAAAGAGGAGGUUCAUUCUCUAUUUGAGAGCCUGCUUGAUGCUUGGGCAGAGGACACUGUGGUGACUGAGGAAUCUUCAGAGAGAGACCACAAGAUUCUGGAGGCUAUCUACAGACUCAUGACCAAGAUCCACGACAGGAAGUUCCAACUGGGGGACAUCAACAGUAGACUAGAGGAGGAACUGAAGGGCAUGAGUUCCCUGUUGGCCAGUACUAAAUCAAACAUUGCACUUAAAGAACAGGGCAACUAGCGACAUCAAGAAGGAUUACAUCAACACAAUUGUGUUCUAAAAAAAACUCAGCACAAAUGAAAGUCAUAUGAGAUGAAAGUAGAUGAGUACUCACACUUGUGAUUCUUAUUUCAGAAAAAUCAUAACACUUAACACACAGCAUUUCACAAGUUUAAUUGAACAAUACAUUUUACAAUAGUUAAAAUUGUAGCUAGUCAAGUCCUCGUUCUGUAUGUUUUAAAAUUACACUGCAAUAAAAUUAUAUAUUUCUA